UUACAAUUGAUUCUGCAUGCCCUGGAGGAGGAACCAACGGCGACAUCUGUAAUAUAGAAAACAGCGAGUGUGUUGAAUCUGUUUGCAAAUGUGUAACGGGCUAUGCUGCCAACGCGGAAAAGAAGCUGUGCAAUGAAGUUAACAUUGAUUCUGCAUGCCCUGGAGGAGGGUCAAGCGGCGACAUAUGUAAUAUAGGAAACAGCGAGUGUAUUGAUUCUGUUUGCAAAUGUGUAAUUGGCUAUGCUGCCAACGCGGAAAAGAAGCUGUGUAUUGAAGUUACAAUUGAUUCUGCAUGCCCUGGAGGAGGAAGCAGCGGCGACAUCUGUAAUAUAGAAAACAGCGAGUGUGUUGAUUCUGUUUGCAAAUGUGUAACCGGUUUUGCUGCCAACGCGGAAAAGAAACUGUGCAAUGAAGUUAACAUUGAUUCUGCAUGCCCUGGAGGAGGAUCAAGCGGCGACAUCUGUAAUAUGGAAAACAGCGAGUGUAUUGAUUCUGUUUGCAAAUGUGUAACUGGCUAUGCUGCCAACGCGGAAAAGAAGCUGUGCAAUGAAGUUAACAUUGAUUCUGCAUGCCCUGGAGGAGGCUCAAGCGGCGACAUCUGUAAUAUAGAAAACAGCGAGUGUGUUGAUUCUGUUUGCAAAUGUGUAACGGGUUUUGCUGCCAACGCGGAAAGGAAGCUGUGCAAUGAAGUUAACAUUGAUUCUGCUUGCCCUGGAGGGGGAUCAAGCGGCGACAUCUGUAAUAUAGAAAACAGCGAGUGUAUUGAUUCUGUUUGCAAAUGUGUAACUGGCUAUGCUGCCAACGCGGAAAAGAAGCUGUGCAAUGAAGUUACAAUUGAUUCUGCAUGCCCUGGAGGAGGAACCAGCGGAGACAUCUGUAAUAUAGAAAACAGCGAGUGUGUUGAAUCUGUUUGCAAAUGUGUAACUGGCUAUGCUGCCAACGGGGAAAAGAAGCUUUGCAAUGAAGUUAACAUUGAUUCUGCAUGCCCUGGAGGAGGGUCAAGCGGCGACAUCUGUAAUAUAGGAAACAGCGAAUGUAUUGAUUCUGUUUGCAAAUGUGUAACUGGCUAUGCUGCCAACGCGGAAAAGAAGCUGUGUAUCGAAG